AUGGCCCCGAUUCGCGUUGGUAUAAUUGGUUUACGACCGAUGCCAGAGGAUGGUUCGAAGAGAACAGCAGUCGGUUACUGGGCUGUGACGGCACAUCUCCCAGCAUUGAAAGCGCUACCUGAAGACUACGAGAUUGUCGCCGUAUGCAAUUCGAGCGUCAAGUCUGCCGAAACAGCUAUCAAACAAUACGGCCUGAAGCAAUCCACAAAGGCGUAUGGAAACCAAGACGAUCUUGCGAAUGAUCCGCUCGUUGAUCUAGUCGUUGUCUCCGUUGGUGUGGGAAAACACUUUGAGUUGGCGAAACCGGCUCUUGAGAAGAAAAAGAAUGUCUUUGUGGAGUGGCCUUUAGCUGUUGGCCUCGCACAGUCCGAAGAGUUAUCCAAACUUGCCACGGCCGCAGGUGUUCGUACAUCUGUUGGCGUGCAGGCUAGAGCAGAUCCGCUCGUGGUAAAACUCAAACAUAUCGUUGAGUCGGGGCAGAUCGGAACGGUCGUACACUCCUCAGCAUGGAUUUCUGCUAGCCUGUAUCCUAGUGACACAUGGAUGGAGAAGGGGGAAUACUUCCUUGAUCACAAAUCUGGCGGCAACAUCUUCUUCAUCUUCUUUGGUCACUUCCUCGACAGCUUCACACAUGUACUUGGCGAUUUUGCUGAGGUCCAAGCAACUCUGAAGUCAGCAGUUUCGAGCGUAAAGAUUUUCAACGCCGAGGGAGUGCUCGUUAAUCCCACAUACUCCAAGACAGGCGCAGACCAGAUACUUGUACAGGGAACACUCGAAAGUGGCGCUGUUGCGUCUCUGUCGGCGAAACAGUCGAAGACCGAUGUUGACGACGUCUCUUUCCGCUGGGUUAUCUCUGGAUCGGAGGGGUCGGCGGAGGUCAUCGUUCCCCAGGCGAAUUGGCAAGCUGGAGAGCCUAAGCGUACACUCAGACUUAAGAUAGGCGAUGAUGCGGUUACUGACGUAGAUUUCCUGGCCGGUGACGAAUUUGAGUCCAAGGUGCCAGCAGUUGCUGCCAAUCUAGCUCGCCAGUACCGCGCCUUUGCCAAGGGUGACUUGGGAACUGUUGCUACCUUCGAGUCAGCGUUAGAGACUCACCGGCUUCUCGACAGGAUUAUCAAAGCCGCUGGCUGGGAGUCCUAUUAA